GGUCAUGAUCUUCGAUUAAUAGUAAUUAGAAAUCUGGUUUUAAUUAGUUUCGUCUUUGAAUUGAUUAAAGAAAUUUACUGAAUUAAAAAUAAUUCUUUAAACGAUUGUUUACUAUUUUUAGAAUUUAGGAUAUUAUUAAAAAUAUAUAUGUCUAAAAGAAAGGUGAUCUAGGAUUGCUUUUAUUGGCACGCAAAUAUAGAAUGCAGACCGGUUUUAUAUUAGACAUAUACUUUUGAAGUAAUUGGCUUUAAUUAAUUUUCGAAAUUGGAGUAUAAAAUGCGAUUUAAAGACACGUCCUGGUAUUUUUUGGCAAUUUUGUAUUGUCAAUUUUUUUCCACUUCAUCGCAGAGCUCUUCAGAAUCUUUGUAUUAUGUCGGAGCUGUAGUUGAAUAUCAUCCAAUACAUGGACUUUCUGAAACUGCUGCUUUUUCCAAUAUUGAAAAUUAUAUUACCAUUUUGAAAAAGGCCAAGGAAUUAAAUUCUAAUUUAGAUAUUAUUGUAUAUCCCGAGACAGGUAUUUUAAUAGAAUCUGAAGAUGAAAUAUUUUUAUCCAUCGAAGAAAAGCGAAAUCGUUAUUUAUCACUUGCUCCCAUUGUUCCUGAUAUUUCAAAAAAAAUAAUACCAUGUGAAAUGGAAAAUUCAAAUAUUUCGAUGGCUUUAAAAAAAUUGUCAUGUGCAGCAAAGCAGUAUAACGCCUAUCUAGUGGUUAAUUAUAUAGAGAAAGAAGAUUGCAAUAAUUGUGGUGGUGACAAUAAAAAUCUCUACAAUUCAAACAUAAUUUUCGAUCGAAAUGGAACAAUAAUAAGUCGCUAUCGAAAAUACAAUCUCUUUCAGGAAUUUAGUUUUAAUAUAACUCACGAACCGGAUAUUUCAAUAUUUGAAACAGAUUUUGGAGUUAAAUUUGGACAUUUUAUUUGUUUUGAUAUUUUAUUUGAAACACCAGCUUUAGAAUUAUUGAGAAAACAUAAAAUUACAGAUAUUGUCUAUCCAACACAUUGGUUUGGAGAAUUACCAUUUUUAGAUGCACUAUCAGUUCAAGCGGCAUGGUCAUAUGCAAAUGAUGUUAAUUUAUUGGCAUCUGGUUUCAAUAAUCCAACUACUGGUUCCACAGGAAGUGGUAUUUUUACGGGAAAAUAUUCCAAAAUUCCCGGAUUAAUUCAUGCCGAUAGAAAGAAAAAUGCUUUAUUAAUUACAAAUAUACCAAAAGUAAUUCAAGGACAAAGAAAUGUUACAAAUUUUGAAAAAAUUUUAUAUCAAUUUACAAACAAUGAGAUGCCAACAAUUGACAAUGAUACGAGUCACAGUGGUUUUUUAACUGAUUUUCUUUCAUCAUUCACCACUAUUUCUAUUCGACCGGAAACUGAUAAAUUUGUUACUCUUUGUAAAAAUAAUUUUUGUUGUCAUUUAAAUUACAAGGCAGAACACAAUGAGACAAUUGGUGAAGAGGAAGAAUAUUACAGAUAUCGCUUUGGUAUUUUUGCUGGAGUACGAUCAUACGGUGUUGUAAAUGCAGGUGUUGAAGUUUGUGGUUUAAUGAUUUGUGGAAAUGAUUCUUUAAGCAGUUGCGGUAAACAACUAGAUAGAAAUAAUAUUAAAUUUCGAACAAAUUUUCUAAAAAUUCAAAUAACUACAACCGUGGCAAAAAGAGAAAAUAGUUUAAUUAAUAUGCCAAUUUCUCUUCAAAACGAUUUUACACCACUCGAUCCUGAGAAUUUUUCUCUCGAAUCAAUUGAUUUGGAAAAUUUUAAAAUACUCUCUCUAAAUUUCAAGGGAACAGAGAAGAAUUUAAUGUCCUUUGGUAUCUACAGUAGAAAUUUUUCAGCUGAUGGAAAUGCAUUAACAAUUCACGAAUCAUCUUCGUCAAAGUUUUUUUUUUAAAUCUAAAAAAUUUCUAAUUAAAAUGUAAGAACAAAUUUACAAUUUAAUGAUUUUUAU